AUGGCAGCCGCAGACGAGAUCGAAAAUGCCACUCCGCCAGCGAGUUCCACCAACAGCGACGGAGAAGCACCAGCAACGGGGACUCACGGCCAACUGACAUUCAAAGGCCCCAAGGAUCCUGCAAACCCCAAGAACUGGUCGUUAUUCAGAAGACUAUUCAUCACGUUUAUAUGGAUAGCCGGAAACCUGGUGGCAUCAGUGUCAUCCAGCAUCUUCAGCAGCGGCGCCCAAGCCAUCAGCGAAGAGUUUCACGUCGGCACAGAGGUAGUCACUCUAGGAGUCAGUCUCUUCGUUAUAGGCUAUUCUGUCGGCCCUCCCUUCUGGAGCCCUCUCUCUGAACAUUUCGGACGACGAUAUCCCAUGCUCGCCGGCAUGGCCCUCUUCACAAUCUUUUGCAUCCCCGUCGCCGUCGGAAAGUCCCUCGCCACGAUCCUCAUCGGAAGAUUCCUCUGCGGAGUCACCGGCGUAGCUCCCAUCGCCCUCUUUGGCGGCGGCCUGGUCGACAUCUGGCACCCCGAACAGCGCGCAAUUGCCAUGGCGACCGUCAUCGGCAUUGUCCUUGGCGGGCCCUUGCUGGCUCCGGUCAUGGGGAAUUUCAUCACGGCGAGUCAUUUGGGUUGGCGCUGGACAGGGUGGUUGAGUUGUAUCAUGGGGGGAUCGUGUACGGUUCUGGUAUUUUUUGGGUUGCCGGAGACGUAUCCGCCCAUUAUACUUCAGAGACUACAGACUCAAGAUGAAAAGAAGGAAACGGGAGGGUGGCACAGAUUCGUCAGGGUAUAUCUGGUUCGACCCUUUGUGUUACUCGGAACGGAACCCAUCCUGGUCCUCAUGACGCUCUACCAAGCAUUCGCCUACGGCAUCCUCUACCUCGUCUUCUCAUCCUACCCCAUCAUCUUUCGCGAACAGCGCCACUGGAAACUCGGUCUAUCGUCUCUCCCCUUCUUAGGCAUGAUGGUCGGCGUCUUCAUCGGCUCUGCCAUGAUCGUCACCCGCAUCGUAUUACUCCAGCGAGCAACUCGCAGGAAACAAUCCAAAGAAAACCAAUCCGAAGACUCCUCUACAAACCCUCCUGCGGCAGCCCCUCCCGAACGACGCUUACCCUUAAUGAUGGCCGGAAGCAUCCUCCUACCCGUAGGACUCUUCAUAUUCGGAUGGACUUCCGCACCGCAAAUCCCCUGGGUAGGCAUGAUCAUCGGCAGUCUCUUCGUCGGCUCCGGACUGCUGUGCGUCUUUGUCACGGCAAUGACAUAUAUCCUGGACGUCUACUCCCAUGUGGCCAAUAGUGCCCUGGGGGCAAACACUAUUGUGCGAUCUCUCUUUGCUGCUGGGUUUCCCUUGUUUGCGAGCUACAUGUAUAAAGGUCUCGGUGUGGCGUGGGCGUCAAGUGUGCUUGGAUUCGUGAGCAUGGCCAUGAUUCCGAUUCCCGUCAUCUUUUACAAGUAUGGGCCUCGCAUCAGGGCGCUUUCCAAGAAUUUGAUGGUAUGA